AUGGACAACUAUAGAAGAAACCCAUUGAAGCCAUGGAAGAAAGGCCCCGCAAGAGGAAAAGGCGGGCCGCAGAACGCUAUGUGCGAGUACCGGGGAGUUAGACAACGGACCUGGGGGAAAUGGGUGGCGGAGAUAAGAGAGCCGAAGAAGAGGACGAGGAUAUGGCUCGGGUCUUUCGCCACGGCUGAAGAGGCUGCCAUGGCUUAUGAUGAGGCCGCGAGGAGGCUUUAUGGCCCGGAAGCUUACCUCAAUCUUCCCCACUUGAGAUCCAACAUCAACCCGCUCAUCAACAAAUCUACGCACCACAAUAAGUUCAAGUGGUUCCCUUCCACCAACUUCAUUUCCCUGUUCCCCAGCAGCGGGUUGCUGAACCUGAGCGCCCAGCCGAGUGUACACGUCAUUCACCAACGCCUCCAAGAACUGAAGAAAACGGAAGCAAGCUGCCAUGCUUCCUCGUCGAGCUCAUCUUCCAGUGAGAUGCUCAACAUGAUGGAACAACCCGGGUUGGUUAAUCAAGAAACAACGGAGAAGGAACCGGACUUCUCAUCUGGGGAGAAACUAGUAAAUCGCGAAGAGAAGCCUCAGAUCGAUCUAAAUGAAUUCCUCCAGCAGUUGGGAAUACUUCAAAAAGAAGAUAAGUCAGACGUGCAUGACUUGUCCAAUUGUUUCCCCGAGCCAGAGCCAGAGCCAGAACCAGAACCAGAACCUUCACUCGGUGACAGUGAAGCUGAUGUCUUUGCUGACAAAACCUACAAUUGGGACACACUGGAAGCAAUACCAGGAACAGAAGAUAAUCAAACAGUAGACGCCACUAGCUUAUACUUACAUGAUAUCAAUGAUGACCUCAGCUUUCCCCCGUCUGUAUGGAACUUCUGAAAUGAGGUGAUUUUGUUAGUUAACAAUACUCGGUCUAAAAUUUAUACUUCUUGGUAGGGGCAAUAUCAGGGGAGAAGGAUCAAACUUAUUAUAGUCUGAGUCCUCUUGGCCUUUGAGUAUGGAAAAGGGUACAAGGAUUUUGUUGUCACUAGAUUUAAAUACGUAUAAUAAAUUAAUAAAAUAUCAUAGCUGUGAUGUGUAAUUGAAAACCUAUAUUAUUCCCGGUAACAGUUUACUGAUAACU